UCUCCGUCCCCUGGACGUGGAGUUCAUGAAAGCCCUGCACCAGCGGGUGAACAUCGUGCCAGUGCUGGCCAAGGCUGACACCCUGACCCCCGCCGAGGUGGAGCACAUGAAGAACAAGAUCCGGGAGGAGAUCGACCACUACGGCAUCCGCAUCUACCAGUUCCCCGAGUGCGACUCGGACGAGGAUGAGGAGUUCAAGCUGCAGGACCAGGCGCUGAAGGAGAGCAUCCCCUUCGCCGUCAUCGGCAGCAACACGGUCGUGGAAGCCAAAGGCCGGCGCGUCCGCGGGCGCCUCUACCCCUGGGGUAUCGUGGAAGUGGAGAACCCGUCCCACUGCGACUUCGUGAAGCUGCGGACGAUGCUGGUG